GCUGCGGCGAGUCCGGAACUAGCAGAAGCGGCUUGCGAGACGACAGCGUCCAUCUUCUCUCCGACGAAAUGACAAAGCCUCCAGAGACAUGAAGACGUUUUCGCCCUAAAUUUGAAAAGAAAGUUGCCGUUUUUACGUUGGAGUUUUGGCCGGCACCACCCGUAACCCAAGGAACCGACUGAGAUAGAAGAGGAGUGCCAGAGGCGAGCGUGACGACGGAGGAGAGGAGGAAGCGGCGCGCAGGAUCUGUCUCCUUUGCCGCGUUCUCGUUCGCGUCCUGUGAGGUGCGCUUAUCAAACUUCUUUUCUUUUAGUGAUACUAGAAACAUGACUUCGAUAGAUGCUGAGCAGUUCUCCCUUAGGUGGAAUAAUUUCCACAACAACCUAACAGCAGGUUUCCAUGACUUGCUCCUGGGAGAAGACUUAGUGGAUGUUACGUUAGCUGCUGAAGGAAAAUUUGUCCAAGCACACAAAAUGGUUUUAUCUGUGUGCAGUCCUUACUUUAAAGACUUAUUCAAAGUCAAUCCAUGUAAACAUCCAAUUGUGAUAUUGAAAGACACGGGUUAUAAAGAAUUGGAGGCAUUACUUCAGUUCAUGUAUCGGGGAGAGGUUAAUGUUAGGCAAGAAGAAUUAACUAUGUUCCUAAAAACAGCUGAAAUGUUACAAAUUAAAGGUCUCACAGGAAGUGACUCUAAUAAGGACUCAGCUGAGCCCCCUGUAAACAAAACUUCAUCAAAUUCAGCACCCUCAAGAACACAUUCUUUACCACAAGAUACGUCAACACAUCCACCACCUAAGCGCAAAAGAUCUGAAGCUCCCACUCUACCUUCUACCUCUGCUCCCAACACCCCUUCUCAAUUAGUUGAUGUAACUCCUCAGACACCCCCAGAAAGCUCAGCAAAUGACCAGGCUAUUCAAGAUGGCAAUGAUUUUAUGAAUAUGAUGAACCCCAAAAUGGAACCACAAGACUAUGAUGAAUCAGAAGACGGUCUGGAUAUGAUGGCAGAUGAUUCAGUUGGUCAUGAUCCUCUAGUUCAACAACUUUUAAGUGGUGCUGAUGGUCACAAAGGAAACUUGGCAGGACUUGGAAACUUCGUUGGACUACCUGGAAUGAAGGAUGGCAACAUGGGACAAGAUGGAGGUCAAGGUGAGGGAGGUAGUUAUGGACUACGCAACAGAAGUUCAGGCGUUGGUUCCUUAGGAGAGGCUGUGGAGUUUGGAGGAUUAUUGCCUAAGAAUGAAGGGCCAGCAUACCUCAUGGCAACGCGGUACAUCUGUUGUCAUAUCUGUGGAAAGACAAUGCGGAAGGCAAGCUUACGUCGUCACAUGGAGGAUCGUCACAUGCCUAAUCAUCGCUGUCACUGCCCUCAUUGUCCCAAGACGUUCCGUACUUCUAAUUCCCUGCAGAACCACCUUUCACUGUAUCAUCGCAAUUUCCGGAGGAAGCGUGGUGGUGGUGCUGCUGUUGCAGGUCAUGACCAUAUGGAUGAGUCACAAAUGAACCAAUUUGGCCAACAACUCAGCCAACAGAUCAACCAGCACCUCAACCAACAUUUAAGCCAGCAACUCAAUCAUCAAAUCAAUCAGCAUUUGAAUCAGCAAAUGGGCCAUUUCGAUCCGGACCAACUGAGGCUUGAGCUUGAUCUGCGUCGCAAGCAAGAUGGUAGCAUUGACAUGACGAGGUCUGACCAAGAUGGGGGAAAUGAUUUGGAUAAUCAGAGAGAUUCACAGCUGCAUCUUCAGCAGCAGCAACAAUCUCAUUGUCUGCCUCCAGUUUCUGCUUCUUUGCAGACCAUGUAAGGUGGUGCACUGUAUUUUCUGGUGGUGCUUCCCAUCAAUUUCCGUCCUUUUUUUAAAUUCCAUAGAUGUUAUUUUUUUGUCUUUUCUAUUUUGAUUUGCUCUUUGUUACUUUCAUUCUAUUAGGAUUUUAAGAUUUGCCCAUAAGUAGAUGCUAAGUGAAUUUCAAGGCUACAAGUUUUUCUUUGGAGAUCAAAAUGGGUUUUCCAAUUCAUUCACAAAGCCGAUUAAAUUUGAGUUAGUCUCAUUUUGAUUUGAUUGUGACAAUGUGAUCUAAAUUUAUUGAAUGCAUUUCUUCAAAGGCAGUACCUUGUAUUCUCAUUAUUUGAUCACUGUGGUGGCUGUGCUGAUUGAGCUUCUAUUACUGGUACAAGCUUGUCAAGAGAAACUUAAUUGCCAAUUUGAUAUUAACAAUGUAGUAGGUGUGGUACUUGAAGGAUUUAUGUUUCUCAGCUGUUUUUUUUAAUAGUCAGUAAACAAUUGAUACUUUUUUAAAGGUAUGAACCGUAUACGCUUAAUUUAUAUUGAUCUAGUAUUUUUUACUGCCCUGAUGUUCAUUUGCACAGUUUGGCAAAGUUUUGUACGUAUAUUUUUUCUCAACAUUCCACUUAGAAUGUUAUUCAUAUUACUACAUCUGGCUUGGAUGAUUUUACAUUUUUGCUGGAUUUCAACAACGGGUAUUUUGUUGUUUAUGCUGUUUGAUGUUUUCUUUCUGAUAAUCUGUUACUUGUGUAUUACGACCAUAUACACAGUUUGGUGCUGUGAACUUUAACAAUUAGCAUCCUUGUUAUUUUCCUGUCGUAUUGUUUCCUGCUCAGUGAAUCUGCCUUUUCAUUUAAUUUAUUGCUCAGUAUUUUUAAACAUUUUUUUUCAACGUACCUUUCUUUAGAUUAGAUGUAGAUUUUUACUGUUUCUAUGAAUGUUAUGCGUCUUCAAUUGAUUCUCAUUUUAGUUAGCCAAUAUACUGUCUUUUUGACAAAUGCAGAAAUUCUAAGAAAUCUUGUAGUCGUGACUGAGAUUAUUUUUUAUUGGAAAUGUCUGAACGCAUAUUAGCAGCAAAUAAGAUGGCCUGAUGAAAUUGGUUGUAAUUAUGGGGAUAUAGAUGAUGAGUUGUAUACCUCUUUUUCAUUCAAUCUCCUUUUUACAUUAGUUAUUAGGUUUUGAGAUACCUUGCCCACUUAUUUAGUAUAGCAAUGGGAACUUAACUGAUUAGUAUAGGAGCAGCUGUUUAUUUGCUUAAUGUGGACUGAUCACCCAAACAGUGUUAUUUAUUUUCAAUGUUCUAAAAUCUCUCAUUGCAUGUAGCUUUUUGACUGAUUGAGGAUAUGCUCUCCAUUUCUUUUCCUGAACAUAUUUGUGUUUACAAAUGUAACCUAAUUACAAUGUUUGAUAGUACAAUAUUGAUGGUAAAGUAGUCUUUUUGAGCUUGCUGCUGAGUCAUUAGUUUUAGGCACUGUGGACUUUGUGCCAUCUUUAUUUAUGUACUUAAAAUUUAAGGUAGAAGAUGAUUGAGCGCACUGAGCAAAUGGUUUGAUCUCGUCAGAUAUGAGACUGGGACAAUAGGCAUUCCUUGGAAUCCGAUACUGUGGGUCUAUACCUUACCUUUAUUUGUUUAAUAUGUAAUUCUGUUAUUGAAUUCUGAUUGUGACGGGUAUUUACCAGUGAGAUAGCAUUUAUGAGCAGUUUUCAAGCUCACUCUGAAGUUCCUUUUCUAUACAAUAGCAGAAUGAUAUCCUCUUCUGUUUUUUCUGUUUGCCAUGAGGGUUUGCAGCUGUCUCCCCUGUGAUGUUUUGAAUAUAGUCUUCUGUAUGGAUUGAUGCCUUGGGUGGAUAAUUUUGAAACCUAGAUUUUAUUUAAAGUACUUCUGUGGUAGCAGGUUCUGCUUUGAAUUAAUAGUUACUGCCUCAGCAUAACGGGUUGUAUUAGAGCAUCUUCUCAUGCUCCAAUAUCAUGUACAUUGUAAGUAAGCCCUCUUUUGGGCCUCUCAAGAUGUUUUUAAUUAAAUGAUCAAAAGUUGCAUAACUGAACCAUGUUUUUUUUUAUUAUUAUUCUUGGUCUCGGUUGACUGGUUGCAGUGUAUUUGUAGUAAUGUGGUACGAAAAUAAAGAAUUUUAAGAAUA